ACCGCGAUAUCGCGUCUCGCAGCCCUGACAAAGAGCCGUUAGAUGGGUUUUGAAGCGGAAAUUUCACGCGGCUCUUGGUGAUCGCAGUCGAAUCGCACCUCAAGAACUCGUCCUUCUUCCUCCGAUCCGAGCUCCGUCCAUCCUCGAGCUUGGUUUUAGGCUUUAGAUCUCGGAAUCGGAGGGCACCUCAAGAAUUCGUCGUUCUUCCUCCGAUCCGAGCUCCGUCCAUCCUCGAGCUUGGUUUUAGGGUUAGAUUUCGUCAAGAAUUGCAGUUAAUGGGCGAAUUUGUUAAUCUUUUUGGUUCCGGGGAUUCUUGAUCGCUAAGCUCGGGUUUGUUCUUGCAGCUUUAGAUCUCAGAAUCGGAGGGCACCUCAAGAACUCGUCGUUCUUCCUCCGAUCCAAGCUCCGUCCAUCCUCGAGCUUGGUUUUAGGCUUUAGAUCUCGGAAUCGGAGGGUUUCUUUCUUCGGGGCAUUUAGCAAGAGACACAAAACUGGGUGCUGAAUGGAGAGGUUGGAUUAGUUUUGUUGAUUUGUUGUCCAGCUGAAAUAUGGAUGGAAGGAAGAAGAAGAAUAAGAAAAAGAAAGGCAGUCAGAGUAAAGCUGCGGAAGAUGCUAAUGCCAAUGCAGGAGAAGUGACAAUGCAGGAGCAGAACCAUAGUCCGGCCACUGAGGAGAAUCACCAUGCACACAGUUCGGGUAAUGCAGAUGUUCAAAUUGCCGGGGUGUUGGAAUCUGACAUAGAGCUGGAGAAGCAUAAAGUCUACGAAGAAAAGUGUGUCAGGCUACAGGAAGAAAUUAGACAAAUAGAAGACGGGAAGAAUUCUUGGCUUCAAAAACAGGUCAACUUGGAAGAGAAAAUUAAAGUUAUGCAAAAUGAAGUAGACUCUUGUUCUCAGAAGGAGGCUAGCUUAGAGGCAAAACUCAGUGAUUUACAGAUUGGAAAUGAUUCAGUGACACAGAAGGAGGCCAUCUUAGAGGACAGAGUCAAGGAUAUAGAGGCCAUCAAAGACAUCUGGGUAUUAAAGGAGACUUCGAUGUGGGAAAUGAUUGCUAGACUGGAAGAAGCCAACAUUGGUCUUCAAAUGCAGGUAAGGGAGUUGGAAGAAUCUAGAAGCAAUAUUCUUCAAGAAAACCAUCGGUUAGUGGAAAGCAUAUCAGAAUUGGAAUUGCGGAUACGACGCCUUGAAAGGGAAGCUUCUGCCUAUGCAACUUCGAAAGUGAUGACAAAGUUCCCUGAAGAGAGAAAAUCCCUUGAUCGGAUAGAAGCAGCCCAUGCAUUAAUUGAGAAGCCAGAUUCCGGAAUUGGGGAGUUUGCUGGAAAGGUGACCGAACAUUACAUGGAGCCAAAUCAACAUGCUGCUUCUGCUGAACAUUCAAACCCUGAGCUUAAUCAUGAAAUGACCCAAGCGAGAACUUCCACAGAUAACGUAUCAGGGUAUGGUGAAAAGAUAUCUGAAUUAGGCGAAAAGGGUCAACCUUCAGUUGGAAUUCAUGGGAGAUUUAACACUAGCAAUGGAAUUGGGGACUUUGUUGCUGAUCCUGGAGUACGAUCAGCACAGCCUCCGGGAUUAGAUGAACCAAGGAUUAGCGAAGAUAUUGUGUCAGUUCCACUGGAUGAGAUCCAAAUUCAUGAGGAAGAUUUGCAAGGCAUGAAGAAUAAUGAGAAAGCUCCAGCGGUUCCACUCUCAGAUGCCCCUUUGAUAGGGGCACCAUUCCGCUUGAUUUCUUUUGUUGCCAAGUAUGUCAGUGGCGCUGAUUUGAUGAGCCAAGACAAUUCUUAAUCGAGCUGGUCAGCUGUUUGAGAUCGAGUUAUUGGAAAAGAAAAUUUUUUUUUUUUUUUUUUUGGAAACGAUAGAUUUUUUAUUUGUUUUAUGCUAUUAUAGAUAUUAUUUGUAACACUAAAAAUUGAAUUUGUUGCUGACCAAGAUUUGCCUUCCAUGCAUUUCUGAAGGUUUGUGUAGUA